CCGGCACCUACCGCCUGGGCCAAGGCCCGCGCCCGCGACCACAAGCGCACCAUCGCCUUCGCAAAGCAAGAAGGCAGCUCGCCAUGGCGCACCUUCACCAAGCUCCUCUCCCAGAUCACCCAGGCCUCUACCGGCUCUCCCUCUGACGGCCUCAGCAACACAGAGAGCAGCACGAGCGUCCCACAGUUCCUGACCGGUCACCGGAGAGAGGCCGAAGACGAGGACUGGAAGCUGGACGAGGUCGUAGUCGAUCACGAGUUGGAGGAUGCCGACACCCAUGGCUCCCAACACUCCGCGUCCGGUGUUCCUCCGAAGCAGUCCACCACGCGCCAGUCGGAUUCCAACGGCGGUUCCAUCCAUCGACUGUCCCUUUGGGAAGCAGAUCAAGGCGACAGGAGCAUGGCGUGGAGGCUUGGCUCCAGGCUCUGGAGUUUCUUCGAACCAAGAUUCGAAGACCCGGAGCGAGAGCUCGAAUACCAGAAACUGUCAUGGUAUUCCAACAAACCUAUCGCCGUCUACGCCGCCCUUUAUCUCUACCUCAACUGGAUCCUGUACCUCAUCCUGAAUCACUCCGUCACCCCCUACGAGAAGUAUACCUACUACGGAGGACUUACCUUCUUCACUCUGCCGGUGCCCUUCAUGGUCAUCUUCAACAUGCCUAGGCGGCAUCCGAUCAUCUUCCAAAUAUGGUUUACGAUCGCAGUGUGGUACUGCGGGCUCACCGAACUCAUACAAAUACAUCAAUGUGAUUUCUUCGACCACCCGAACAACACCUGCCACGGCAAGGACUUCCUCGCCAUGAUGUACUACAAUACCGCGCUGCCGGCAUUAGGACUCUUCGUCAUCAGCAAGAGGCUGUACAACUUUAUCAUCCAGGCCGUCGUCUUUAUCCUCCUGCUCGUGCUCGUCAUCCCGGUGCAGUCGAUUUUUUCCAGAAACGUGAUCAGCUUCGCCAUUUUCUCGGUUUUCAUGCAAGGACUGCACUACACGCGCGAAAUGACAGAUCGUCGGAUGUACAUGCUCAAUUCGCAGCUUAAGGUCGCCUAUCGGGCGCAGCAAAAGGCCCAAAUCGCGGAGAGCAAGGCGAGUCAAGCCAAGAGGCGGUUCGCGUCGUACAUCUUUCACGAAGUCAGAGUACCUCUGAACACCGCCAUGCUCGCAUACCAGAACUUGCAGACGUCCAACGCGUUCCGAGCCGCCGCCGACUCGAACCAGAGCGUCGAGAUCUACGCGAUGGAAGCGAGCUUGACCAUGAUGCAACAGGUCCUCAACGACGUUCUGGAUCUCCAGAAGAUGGAUGCGGGCCGCUUCGAGUCUUCUCCCCGGCCCUUCAACCUCCAUCGCGCCAUCUCUUCUGUUGUAGGGGGCCUCGGAGUCGCAACCGCUGCCAAGGGUUUGGACCUGAAAGUGGAAACGGACCCGCGAUUAGAUCAACUCGCCAAGUCCUGGCACGAAGGCCGAGACGAUGGGCUCUGGGUCGUCGGCGAUGAAAUUCGGCUGCGCCAGGUCCUCACAAACCUGACGAGCAACGCGGUCAAGUUCACCCCUGAAAACGGUGGAUCGAUCAAAAUCGUCUCGAAGGUCAUCGCACCGACGUCGGAGGUGCCUACGCCACCAUCACCCUCUCGCGAUGUGGAGGACCGUGAAGAUCACGGUCACCCGUUCGACAAGGAAAUGGCGCUCGUGGAGGCCGAGGAAGGCCGCAUGCCGCGCGCGUCCCCGCGGGACGGCGAGCGACGACUCGUGAUCCGGCUCGAGGUCCACGACUCCGGGCCCGGCAUUCGGCCGUCGGACCUCGUCGACAAUCGGCUCUUCCAACCGUUCGUGCAGACGCGCGUGGGCAAGCUGAGCGGUAAGGGUUCCGGCCUCGGCCUCGCGAUCGUGCGUCAAAUCGUGCAUCUCAGCGGCGGCAGGCUCGGCGUGCGCUCGCGCAAGGGCGAGGGCGCGAUGUUCUGGGUCGAGCUCGCGUAUUCGGUCGCGACGCCGGAGGAGGUGGAAGCUGCGAGGGAGAGGUCUGCGUUCUUGCCCUCGCCGGCGAUCCGUGAUGAAUCGUCGAUGGGUGGGGUGCCGCCUGCGCUGUCGGCAGCGUCGGGGUUGCCCGAGAAGGACGGAACGGCGGCGGUGCCCCCCCAGCCGGUGCAUCAUCCUACGUCGUUCGGGUCUGGAAUAUCACGCAAGACCGACACGACGACGGACAGCGAGUUUCCACCGUCUUUGCCGCCGGUGGAUCUGAAGGACACGACGCCUUUGCCGAGCUUGCCUGCCACUGCGCCUCCCAGCAUCACCUCGACGCCGGCAUCCCCGCCGGUAGGUCCACCCACACAGGCGGCGAGCACCGAUGCGGAUGACCCGCUCUAUGUACUCGUCGUGGAUGACGACGGCAUGACGAGAACGCUCAUGGCGAGGAUGUUGACGAAACUUGGGUGUCGAAUCGAUACGGCGAGCGACGGUCAGCAGGCGCUCGACAUGAUCCUCGGCGGCGAUCCGAAGAAACCGUACGAUUGGAUCAGCUUGGACAACUACAUGCCCGUCAUGACCGGCGAGGAAGCGGUGAAGGAGCUGCGAGCCCGAGGACGUAAGGACCUUGUCAUCGGCUGUACGGGCACGGCGUUGACAGAAGACCAAGCGAGUUAUAUCGCCGCUGGUGCGGACCGCGUGCUCGCCAAACCGAUCAUGCUCAAGGAUCUGAAGGCGGUCCUCGACCUAGCACGGCAACGAAGAGAAGACCGUCGGGCGGGUCGAGAACCGCGCUCACCCCCUGAACACCCAAUACCCACAUAAUAGCGCAUGCAUUAACGCAUGUUCAUCACACUGACGGGACCAUAAAUACGGGGUUCCCUAUAAACUAAUCCUCGCGCAUUCGUGUCUUUUGUCCAGAUUCCCCUUGGUUAAUAUGCUUUAGAUAUACAUACCAUUGUUGAUCGUAAGCGCAUCCUGUACUCAUAGCAAGCAGUCGUCCGUGAUUCAUCG